AUGAUAUCCUCAAAUGUUACCAAGGUUUUAGAGCUUUUACUAGCUGGUGGGAGGAGAUGGAAUAGAAAACUGGUAGAGACCUUAUUUGGUGAAGUUGAAAAUGUUGCGAUCCUCAAGAUAAACAUCUUGAACCAUGCAAAAAAGGAUAGGUGUUGUUGGACUGGUAAUGAGAAAGGAUUUUUCUCUAUGGAAAAUGCCUAUGCUAAGCAGAUGAUUAAGAAGGUGUUGAUUAUGGAUAGAGUAGAAGGAAUCAAGUCAGCAGCUAAGGAUAAGAUUGCAAGAAACACAUGCUGGAAGAUUAAGGUGAAAGUCAAACUCAUACACUUUAUUUGGAAAUGUUUCAAUGAUAAUCUUCCAACAGGUGUCAGUCUGAUUAUGAGGGGGCUCCAGGUGGAUAGUAUAUGCCAUUGCUACCACUGA